AAUGACAAAUCGUUUGGUCAUCUCACUUCUUUUCCUCCAUCCCAUUCCUCGCCAACAACAUGACUAUUGACCUUCAGGAGCGAGAAACCCUUUCAGCUCUUAUUCUGACUAUUACCAAGACAGGCGACCUUUACCUCGAUCCUGUGCAGGUGAAGCAAGUAAAAUCCAUAUGCAGAAAAUCUGACACCAAUGUUAAAAUCGCAUACGAACUGCUCAUGAUACAGCUCCAGCGCAAGCAUGCCCAGAUCCGAUACUCAAGCACACAGCUCAUUGCGGAGCUGUUUCAACGAUCUCAUGUCUUUCGCGAACUGCUGGUGGCGGACUAUUCCAUAUUUUUGCAGCUAACUGUCGGGAUACACCGAAAUACCCUUCCACCCCCCAAGAUCUUUGCAGAAAAGACCAAGCAACUCGCAAUAUCGCUUACAAAUGAGUGGAAUGCAAAGUAUGGAGCCGUCUACAAGCAAAUUGCUCUAGGAUAUGAUUUUUUAAAACAUCAUCUGAAGGUGGACUUCACCAAUCUUGUCCCUGUCACGGAAGAAGCCCGAAGUGCGGAGCAGAAAGCACAGGAAGAGAUGAGUCGACGUCUUCGCCAAAAGAGGUACGAAAAAGCAGCUGCAGAGAUGGAAGAGAGGGCAGAUGAUAUCCAAGACAAUCUCAAGAAAAUGAACUCUUGCUUCGAGAUUUUGGUUCCAAAACUGGACGACGAUGCGGCGUUAGAUGCAAUUUUCAGCGCGCCUACAGAUAAUAAUCAAAUCAACUCUGGGAAUAAGACGGAGGAAAUUGCCGGUGAAGAUACCAUUGAAGAAGAGGAGGUCGAUAAUUCAACUAUAAUCAAUGAGGCGAUGUUGAGGCAUGAUCCCAUCGGCGUUUUCGACAAUGCAUUGGGCUCGAACCGCUACAAGUUGACCAUCAAUGUGAAUAGGGAGAAUCCGGUGGAUAUUGCAGAAACGGAAGACAACUCGGAAUUGUUUGCAACUCUACGAGAAUGCUAUCAGUUGAUUGUGAAGAAACACUGGCCAAUAGUUAUGGAAUGGCUUGACGUCUUGAUGAAGGCGGACCAUGAGCCUGGUCCCCAAAGGGCAGAAUACGACCGCUUACUCAAGAUGGCGAUCGAUCUCAAGAAGGGUGUGGCGGACGCGAAAAGCAAGAGCGAGGAUCUGGGUGUUAAUAUGGACACCAUGUAUGGUCCGAAUGAGCGCGACUCGGACGAUGAUAAUGAGGAGUUUGAGGAAGUGGACGUAUCUGCAUCCAUUCACGACAAAAAGAAAGGAAAACAGAUGAAGAGAAAUAACCAAGCAACAUUGUCACGGGAACCGAGAAAUCCAGUUUUUGCAAUGCACGGAGAGGACAUUCUCGAAGACGACCCUACCUAUGUCGGAGGUACCAUUCUUCCUGUCCGCGAUGAGAAGACCAAGGUUACUGAACCGAAGAGUCCCUCGGCAGCGACUCACUCAAGAGCGGCGAGCGAGGUGUCCACACCACCAACAGAAAAAGACGACGGAGCAGCAGAGUCCAGAGAAGAAUUACUGGCAAGGGCGCCUGUUAUUCCGUGGGAUGACGAUUUAGCAGUGUGGGACAAGAAAGAAAUGGCAUUCAACACUUCAGGACUUGAGUUUUCUCACAGAUUUCUUGGCGUCGGUGACGGCAGCAAUCUGGUAUCUCAGGCAACGCUGGACCGGAUGAAGAUGCGUACACGCAUUUAUGACCCUCAGCUGCCUAAAGUCAUCAAGGCAUGCCGAUACCCGAUGAGUAAUGGACGAUUAUGCAUGAGAAGAGACUUGGUACGCUGUCCAUUCCAUGGACCUAUCGUGCCCCGCGACGAGCAUGGACAGACUCAACGGCCUACUGUAGAAGGAGGUUUUAUACAGGAUGAAAAUUUCUUAAAUGAUGAACAGGAGGCUGACUUGAUCAACAGGGCUAUCGCGGCUGCGUCGGGUUCAUCUGUAUCGACCAGCUCUUCUUCAAAGAUGUCAAAGGACAAGUCAACUUGGGAAGAUAUUGAGGAUGACGUAAAUCAUGCCUUGGGCUUGGAAAAGAUUGAGUCGAAACGGAAAAGAGGUCAAGGAGGGGGAUUAGCUUCGAAGAAAAAGAAGACGCAGAAACCACCCUCAGCAUUGGUCAAUAUUUCCAAGCCCGUGGACACUUCGCGUACCAGGCUGCUGAAGCAUCUUGGGCGCAAAACGACAAAGGACUCUGUGGAGCACGAUCGGCGGUCAGAAAAAUCAGAGCUAUCCAAAGAUGCGCGCAUGCAUCGGUGGUAGUAACAUAACUUAUGAAUAUUGCAGACAACAAUAACGAAUCGACUGAC